AUGGCUGCAAUGUUCAGUAACGUGCGUCCAAGCGCCACAACAUCCGGCAAUAUUCUCGAAUUCAAAGCCGGUCGCUCACUUCUCGAAACCGGUUCCUCGGAAAACACUCGAAAAGUCGUCGCCGAUCCCAAAAAAGGCCUUAUUUACAUCAAACAAAGUUCGGAUAUGCUCACCCAUUUUUGCUGGAAAGAACGAGACACCGGUGCCGUCAUUGAUGAUCUUAUCAUUUUCCCAGAUGACGCUGAGUUCAAAGCUGUUAAAGAGUGUACUGAUGGCAAGGUUUAUAUGCUCAAAUUCAAAUCGUCAAAGGAUAUGAAAUUGUAUUGGCUUCAAGAUGGAAGUGUUGACGCGGAUAAGGAUCUUGUCAAAAGAGUCAAUGAUGCUUUGAAUAAACCGCCAACUUCAAGACCUGCAAGAGGUGGAAAUGUUAGUGAAAGAAGUGCGGCUGGCGGGGGAACUUCUACAUUCCCAGCUGCUUUGGCUGAUGAAUUUGGAGGCACUUUGGGAGGACUUGAUCAGAAUCAGUUGAUCUCAUUGAUCCAAUCACUUCAAGGACAAUCAUCGGAAUAUCCAGCGCAAAAUCAGAAUCCAAUCAAUUUAUCGACGACUGAUAAUAAUGAAGUGGAUUGUGAACCAGCGGCAACAUCCACCGGAAUUACGACCAAUGAUUUGUCAGCGAUUCUCAAUAAUUUGCGACCGGGAGGAUCGAAGGGUCAAGAAGUUAGCGUAUCUCUGGGCGACGCGUUAUCUAGUGAUACAGCAGCUGAGGCGGCGAAAACCAAUGCGGAAUCUUUGUCGCCACACCUGCCAGAGACUGGAAACACGCCCGAAAAAGAGUUGUCGGAGACCGUCAAGACUCCGCAAUUCCGCCAGGCUACCGAUAAUUUUGGACAUGCUCUUCAAACCGGACAACUUGGCCCAGUUUUGGCGCAAUUUGGGUUGAAUGAGAAUACGGUGGCGGCGGCGAAUCAGGGAGAUUUGUUGGGAUUUGCGAGGAAUUUGACGUUGGCUGAAGGUGGAGAAUUGCCGAAAGAAGAGGAGCAGAAAGAGGAAGGUGAGAAUAUGGAUUUGGACUAAACUAUUGCAAAUGAAGUUGGUUUUUUAAUUGAUUAAUUGCAUGGAUCUGACUGUUUGCAUGAUUUUUUGUGAAAAUUGGGGAAUUUUGAAGCUUGCUUUCAGUCAUGAAGUGGUCAAAAAUUCUAGAUAUUCAGCUCAAAAUCUGAGUUUCAGACAGAAAUAAUAUGAGCUCAAAAACAAAAGAUGUUUUUUAUUCAAAUUUCGCAUUUUAGAGCUUACUUUCAGUCAUGAAAUUUGAAACUAAAAUCGAAUUUUACGCAUUUUCGAACUAUUCUGAAUUUCAGAGCUGAUUUUCAGACAAAUAAUACGAGCUCAUUUAUUUUGAAAAUCUAAAAGUGGUAGAAAUUUGAGAGAAAAAUGGGGAUUCUUGUAAGUUUUUCAUUGAAAUUUUGCGUUUUAGAGCUUGCUUUCAGUCAUGAAAUUUGAAAAAAUCAAAUUUUUAUGGAUUUUCGAAAAAUUCUAGAUGUUCAGCUUCAAAAUCUGAGUUUCAGAGCUGAUUUUCAGACAGAAAUAAUAACAGGCUCAUGUUUGAGAGAAAAAUUGAGAUUUUUCUGAUAUUUCUAAAUUUUCCUGGAUCGAAAUUUGAAUUUAAAAGCAGAAAACACCAUAUUUCUCUUUGAAAAAAAUCUGAAACCAUUAGCUAAAUUUUGUGAAAGUUUUGCAUGAAUCCCCAGAAAACCACCAUUUUCCCAUAUUCAAAAUCAAAUUUUUCCAGAAGACACCACCACCAAAGAACCUGAAGCAAAACGUAAUCGUCCAGAUUUGGACGACAUGGAUGUCGAUUAA